UGGACCAGGACUAUCUCUAGCUUGGCUUCCUUAACUGUAGUAGGUGUUUGGAACCAUGGCAGCAGGAGUAGCAGCUUGGUUACCCUUCGCCAGGGCAGCAGCCAUAGGAUGGAUGCCAGUGGCCACAGGUCCUAUGCCAGCUGCUCCGCGGCAGGAGAGGAAGCGAAGUCAGGACUCUCUGAUUGUGCUGAAUGUGAGUGGCAUCCAGUUCCAGACGUGGCUGGACACCUUAGAGCGCUACCCUGACACUCUGUUGGGCAGUUCGGAGCGGGACUUCUUCUACCACCCUGAGACACAGCAGUACUUUUUUGAUCGGGACCCUGACAUUUUCCGCCACAUUCUCAACUUCUACCGUACCGGGAAGCUUCAUUAUCCUCGCCAGGAAUGCAUCUCAGCUUACGAUGAGGAGCUGGCUUUCUUUGGCAUCAUCCCUGAGAUUAUUGGCGAUUGCUGUUAUGAGGAGUACAAGGAUCGCCGGCGUGAGAAUGCUGAGCGCCUGCAGGAUGAUGCCGAUCAGGAUCCUGCAGCUGAGAGCUCCCUGCCCUCAAUGACAGCUCGGCAGAGGAUGUGGCGGGCCUUUGAAAACCCACACACCAGCACACUGGCCCUGGUCUUCUACUAUGUCACUGGUUUCUUCAUUGCUGUCUCUGUUAUUGCCAAUGUGGUGGAGACAGUGCCCUGUGGGGUAAGCCCAGGUCGCAUCAAAGAGCUGCCAUGUGGAGAGCGUUAUGCUGUGGCUUUCUUCUGUCUGGAUACUGCCUGUGUCAUGAUCUUCACAGUUGAGUAUCUCCUACGUCUGCUGGCGGCCCCUAGUCGCUACAAAUUCGUGCGCAGUGUCAUGAGUAUCAUUGAUGUGGUUGCCAUUAUGCCGUAUUACAUUGGUCUGGUGAUGACAGAUAAUGAGGAUGUCAGUGGGGCUUUUGUGACACUACGAGUCUUUCGUGUCUUCAGGAUCUUUAAGUUUUCCCGCCAUUCGCAGGGGCUGCGCAUCCUGGGCUAUACCCUGAAAAGUUGUGCCUCGGAGUUAGGCUUCCUCCUCUUCUCACUCACAAUGGCCAUUAUCAUCUUUGCCACAGUCAUGUACUAUGCAGAGAAAGGUUCAUCAGCCAGCAAGUUCACCAGCAUCCCUGCAGCCUUCUGGUACACCAUUGUCACCAUGACAACACUGGGAUACGGUGACAUGGUGCCAAAGACAAUAGCUGGCAAGAUUUUUGGUUCAAUAUGCUCUCUGAGUGGGGUCUUGGUCAUUGCUCUGCCAGUUCCUGUAAUCGUCUCCAACUUCAGCCGUAUCUACCACCAGAAUCAACGAGCAGACAAGCGCAGAGCACAAAAGAAAGCCAGACUUGCUCGAAUUCGUGCAGCAAAGAGUGGGAGUGCUAAUGCCUACAUGCAGAGCAAACGAAAUGGCUUACUGAGUAACCAGCUGCAGCAGUCCUCCGGUGAAGAAGAACAGGCCUUUGUUGGCAAAGCUGGCUCUGCCUUUGAAACACAGCACCACCACCUGCUUCACUGCCUGGAAAAAACUACGGUAAGAAAAGAUAACUGUUCUUCUAAACUGCUUUCAAUACAUCCAUCUACAGUAAAGAACCACGAAUUUGUGGAUGAGCAAGUCUAUGAAGAGAGCUGUAUGGAGGUUGCCACAGUCAACAGACCCCCCAGCCACAGCCCCUCUCUCUCGUCUCAACAAGGUGUUACCAGCACUUGCUGCUCACGCAGACAUAAAAAGACCUACCGCAUCCCAAACACCACCAUCAGCGGCAGCCGCCCCGGCAGCGUGCAAGAGCUCAGCACCAUCCAGAUCAGAUGUGUGGAGAGGACGCCUCUGUCUAACAGCCGUUCCAGCUUAAAUGCCAAAGUGGAAGAGUGUGUUAAACUAAACUGUGAGCAGCCUUAUGUCACCACAGCAAUAAUUAGCAUCCCGACACCUCCCGUCACCACACCUGAAGGAGAUGAUAGGCCAGAGUCUCCUGAGUAUUCAGGAGGAAACAUUGUCAGAGUAUCUGCUUUAUAAAAUAAGGAAUUAUUUAUAAAUUAGCAUAAAGACCACAUGCAAGCUGAGCUCAAGAAGUGAGAAAUGAGUCGCGAGGAAUGAGAGAGCUGAUGAAGGCAAUGCCCCUUGACGUGAGCACCAGUGGCCGUGGACCGAGAGAUUCAGGAGAAACAAAACACUUUGUGAGUUUUGGUGUCGUAGCGUGUGAACCAAAAGGAGUUUCUUACCCUUGUUCAAACUGACACGCAGUGGGAUCUUCUGUCACCAUCCUGACUUACUAUAUGAGCACAAUGAAAUGUCCCCAUUGAUGCUUCUUCUUAUCAUGAGAGCUCUUUUUAGAAAAAAAGAAAAACCACAAAACAAAAAAUAGAA